GAGCACAUAGGCCAGUCAGACCAAAAACCAAAACCAGCACUGCAGAAUCCAACAGCGCUGGAAACGGUAAGCUGCUCUACCCAGAGGCUGGCAACCUUAAACAAUCUGGCAGGUUGUACAAAACCCCGCCCUCGCCAAAUAAGCUAGAAAAGGAUUUCUCGUCAAAGAAAGAACAACUCCUAACAACCUACCUCGAGCAGAUUCUACUUUCCCAGGAUACACUAAUUGAAAGACUAUCGACCAUAAGGAACUUCCUUCCACCUCUAGCCCCGCCUCCUCCCAUGGAAUUUAAUUACAUCAAUUGUAAAUCAAAGCCUUUAACUAACGAGGAAUGGACAACUUGUCGAUAUCUGGCUCCAGAAGAAACGGGCUCUCCUACACCCCCACCAACAGCCCAGUCCAAAUUGCAACAAAUCGAACUAGUGGUGCCAGCGCCGGGAAUUGGCCCAAUCUUCAUGGACUGCCGAGGAAUCCUAGAAGCUAUUCAUGCAGAGGAAUGA